GCUGGAUCGCUACCGCACUGCUCUCAUGACUUCUUCCUUGACUUCUCUCUGCGACUAGAAGCAAGGGAUUUUCAAAUGUACUGAUGGCCUUUUCUGCGAUCUUCAACAGCACUUGUGCUAUUUGCACGCCCCCAUCUGAACCUUACUCUCUGCGUUAAUGUCCGGUCGAUCAGGCAUUAUAUAACGAUGAGUCGCGCACCGAUGGGCAUUCUUAAAGUCCCUUCGAGAGCUGUUUUGUUUUGGAUUGACCGUUAUCACCGACGUUGAUACCUCUACAAUGUCGAACAUGUCAGCUGCAAGCAUAUUGGCUCAGGAAGAAGUGGUCCUCUUACAGCAAGGAUACAUCAAUGCCUACUGCUCUCUCGCAGUUACUGCCCUCGUCUUCUAUGAGUACAUUGUGACUUUUCCUGAAGAGGUUCACGUCAUCUGGGGAGUCAGGUUGACCACUGUCACGGUCAUCUUCGCCCUCAACCGUUAUCUGCUCAUGGUACAAGGCAUUAAUUCCGCACUGACUCCCGUCUUGUGGCAUACUCCACUGGCUGUGAUCGUUUUGACAAACGUGAUGACUAUUGUUGUUGAGGCUGUGACAGCAAGCUUUUCCGCGUUCCGCACAUAUGCUAUUAGUGGACAUCAGAUCGUCCCUGCAAUGCUAGUCUUGCUACUGGGGCUAGCGCCAGUCGCCGUCAACGUCUACACAUCUACAAGAGUUUCAUAUGCAUUCGUCAUUUACAUAGGCAGCUAUCCACUUUGUGGCUAUAACAACCGCGAGUCCAUCGCGAUACAGAAUAAACUCAUCCUCAUCAUGCGCAUUUGCGCGGCUGCAUCCGACCUGAUCGUGCUCCUUGUCACUUGGUUCAAAACAUCCGGACUUGCCAUAGAAGUGCGGAGGUUACGGUUAAGAGGAUCGAUGGCGACAGUGCUGAUCAGAGACGGUGAGGCCCUUUUGCUUCUCAACAUCCUCGAGAUUGUGAUUAAAGUCCGCUACGAGAAUUCACAGAACUACGCAGGCUAUGUCACAAUUUUCCUGCCACCAAUCUCAUCAAUCCUGAUAUCACGUUUCAUCCUCAAUCUACGCCAGGUGUCGCUCGGCAGCAUGGGCUUGAACACGAUUUCUCACAGCACCCUGAACACGCGGGACUUUACCUCUCGCCUGGUUGGCAACUUUGGUGCCGAUGUCCAGCACACGUCUCUUGUUUUUGAGAAUGUCAAGGAUAGCACUGAAGACGAGCAGAGUAUCAGCGUGGACUGUGAGGCCUACGAGUUGGCGCAGGUGCAGUAGUCAUCGUACAAGCUAUGCGAUUGUUUUCGACAGUGCCGGCUCUGACUGUAACCUGCAUAUGCACCUUGACAUGAUUUUCCGAACGCGACAUCCGAGCGAAAUAAAAUGCUAAGCUGCCACGAAGCAUACAUUCAAUAUAGCAUAAACAGCAAGGGGAGAUUCUCCAGGCCCGACUCCUAUGCAUCUUUCAUAUUGUGAUAAGGACCUUUGCUUAACUUUACUUGAACUUGUAAUGAAUAGAAACAUGACCGCGGAGCGAGCCAGUGGGCGCAAUCAGCGGAUAAAUAUUAC